AUGUUUUCAAAUCUAAAACGUCUUACAGAGUUGUCUCUAUCCAACAACCAGAUAACUCGCAUCAGACAGCCUGGUACAUUCUCGGGUUUACCAAACCUCGAAACAUUGAACCUAAGCAACAACAAGAUAACCAACAUUACACCUGGUACAUUGAAGAACCUACCAAAGCUCACAGUUUUGUGGCUAGAAGGAAACCAGAUAACUGACAUUCAGUCUGGUACAUUCUCGAAUCUACCAAAGCUCAAAACAUUGCACCUCCAAAAAAACCAGAUAACUCGCAUCAGACAGCCUGGUACAUUCUCGGGUUUACCAAACCUCGAAACAUUGAACCUAAGAAACAACAAGAUAACCAACAUUACACCUGGUACAUUGAAGAACCUACCAAAGCUCACAGUUUUGUGGCUAGAAGGAAACCAGAUAACUCACAUUCAGCCUGAUACAUUCUCGAAUCUACCAAAGCUCACAGAAUUGGACCUCCAGAAAAAUCAGAUAACUGACAUUCAACCUGGUACACUUUCGAAUCUACCAAAGCUCGCAGGGUUGUACCUUAGAUCCAACAACAUAACUGACAUACAGAUUGGUACAUUUUCAAAUCUACCAAAGCUCACAAGUAUAACCUUAGGCUUCAACCAGAUUACUGACAUCAAACCUGGUACAUUCUCAAAUCUACCAAAGCUCACACAGCUGUUUCUACACUCCAACCAGAUAACUGGCAUUCAGUCUGGUACAUUCUCAAAUCUACCAAAUCUACAAAAGUUGAAACUUACAUCCAAUCAGAUAUCUGUCCUUUCCCAGUCAGCGUAUGACACCCUAGCAUCCAUUUCUACUGUUGCAAUUGGUUGCCGCCGGUAG